CUUUAAGUUUACCUCAAUAAAACAGAAAAACGUUUAUUUUCAUUGUUAUGGAGCUCUAACAACAAAUGAGGUGAAGAAUAACAGGACAGCGACAUCUAGUGAUGAGAGUGAAGAACUCCAGUGUGUGACACUGGCAAUGCAAUUCAGUAUCUUUGUUUUAAAGUUCUGAUGAAAUGAAGUUUGAGCUGCUUUGACUCCACACUGACUCUGUUUAUAGUUUUGAUCAUCAUAAUCAUAUCAGUGUACAAACACACAGACAGCAGCAGGAGCAGGCCUGCAUCAGUAUCCACAGAAAACAUGUGUAAUCUGCAUCUGCAAACAUUAAAAUAUCUUAUUAAAUAAGUAUAUGUUAGUAUGUUUUUGUUAUUUAUAUGCACACAGAAUGUAAACAAGACUCAUUAUGACUCAAUUAUGAGUCAAUGGAGAAGCUGAAAACAGUGUUACCUCAUGUGAUGGUGUGGAGUUACUGUUUUGUUUGUAGAGAGUGUUUAGUCUGAUAUCAAGUGAAACUGUAAUCCUAAAAGUGAAUAACAUGACCUAGUUUGAUGAAACACAUGAUUCUGCAAAAUGAUCAUUUGAAACAGAAGAUGUAAAGUCUCUGUAGCAACAAUCAGAAACAGAUCAGUGAGGGGCCUUAAAGAGGUGUGGUGAAGAGCAGAGACAAUGAGGAGACAGACAGAGGAGAAGAGGAGCAGCAUCAUCUGCAGGAGAGGGAGGAGGAGGAGAACUGCACACCUCAACCACUUCCGCACCAUGUGAGCCACCAGAGCUGAAGCUCAUUUGCUGCGGGCUGGACCCCGCAUCCUCCGGGACAGAGCAGCAGCAGCAUCGCCCCUUUACAGCCGAUGCUUGCAUCCAGCAGAGGAAGCGAGAUCCAGGGACAGACCGACCGGAGGCCGGGGAGGAGACACGCCCCGAUAGAGAGCGCAGACCAGCCGCCAACAUGACUGCAGACGUGGCGGUGUCUCUGUCGGUGCUUGCGGGGAUCGUCGCACUGAGCGACGCGACCCGCAGGUUGCUGAGCAGGGCCCUCGCGGACACCGGGCUCUCCGUGUACGCGGUGGAGCUCGUGUCCACCUUCCAGCUGUGCUGCUGCACGCACGAGCUGAAGCUGCUGUCAGAGGUGGGCGGGAUCGAGCCUCGACUCGCGCUCACCUUCACGUACCUGGCGUCCGUGAUCCACGGGCUCACCUUCAGCGGGGCCAUCGGGAACCCCUCAGGUGCGCUCGAGCACGCGUACCACGCGAAGUUCUCGGGCGGAUGCGCCCUGCGACGGAUCGCGUGCCAGUUCGCCGCGGCCGCAGCUGCGCGCGCCGCAGUGCCCGUGAUCUGGGGUAUCGGGUUAUCGGGACUGCACAUGAGACACAAGCUGCUCGGUUACCGGUGCAUCAGCCCCAUUCACGCGCCUCUGCACAAGGCCGCCGCCGUGGAGCUCGCGUGCGCCUUUGCGGUGCAGACCGCUAUCACGCACACGCGCUCUGUGGAGGAGAAAUACCGCGUGCACAUGGUGGCUGCGGUCAUCGCGACAGUGGUUUAUGCAGGUGGCAGUGUGACAGGAGCUGUGUUUAACCCAGCACUGGCCUUCUCCACACAGUUCCCUUGCAGUGGACACUCCUUCCUGGAGUACUGCCUUGUUUACUGGCUCGGCCCGCUGCUGGGUAUGAUGAGUUCAGUGCUGCUGUUUGAUAAACUCGUUCCUCAGCUGUCGAGGAAACCACCGUCUCUCCAUCUGCCCCUGGAAACCAAGAAGAGGACAUGAGCAUCGCCGAGCAGUUCAGACUCAGAGAUGUUUGUGACAGACUGUGAACCUGCUGCUGGUUUUAGAAUGAGAACAACACUGAUAUGCACUUUUUAAAAGACUUAAACAUGAAGGUUUCUUUUUAAAUAUAUUUUUAUGGAUCCUGAGAGAUCUUUUGGAUGAUUUCACCUCAAGAGCACAUUUCAGAAGCCAAACAGAAAGACUCUAAUUUUAGUUUUUUAGUUUAAGAAAGAACUUGGCCAAGUUUUUACUUUACAAAGUUGUUGUUGAGCACAAAAACAGUUUAAACUCAUCUGAUUUAAAAUCUUUAACACUUCUUCCACUGUUUUAAAUCUGCAGCCCAGAGAGCCAGUAUCAAGUCUCCAACUGUGCAACGCUAAUACUGUCAAAUAUCUUUAACUGGAACAUCAACGAUUAUAUUCAACAUAUUUUUCAUGAGUUGAAAUAAAAGAUCUGAGACUUCCUCUCUGCACAUUAAAGGUCUUUUCUCUCAUUUGUGGUCAUAAAUUUAAAAUCUGUUGAAAGUGAAAAAAGGCAUUUAUAAGAUACUGAACUACAGCUGCUCCACAGAUAUUAUGACUCACCUCAGUUUGUGGGAAUAUCAGGUUCAGCCAAUCAGAGGCUGAGAUCUUUUACUUCAACUCAUGAAAAACGAUGAUCUGAAUUAAGAUCCACACAGCUGAUUAACAUUUACGUACUGUACCUGUUUUCUUGUAAUGUAAAGCACAACUAUUGUAGUUGAAAUAUCAUACAUUGAGCCUAACAUAAAACAUAAUCAUAAACUUUAUUUGUGUAGCACUUUUCUCAACAAAGUUGCAAGUUUAUACUUAAUGUGCAGUGUAGAAAUGAACUGUACAAAAAUUAUGUUUGUUUUUGAUUUAACUGAUAAAUUCUCUGUAAAAAACUGGAGCCAGAUUAAACUGUGAUCACUGUUAUGAAAUAUGAUUGAUUGAUUGAUUGAUUGAUGCCUAAAAAGUGCCCGAUAAGGCUGAGACGAUUACUUGAUUUGCUUUUUUGUCAUGGUUUUAUGUUUUCAAGAUGUGAGGAUUUCACAGAAAACAGGUCAAAGACAUCAACUUGGCCUCUGGGAAUUUUUAAGUUUUCAUACUUGCAGGGGAAACUCAAAAUUAAUUUUCACAAAUUAAAAAAAA